AUGAAUUUUGUAGAACUCAAGCCACCGAUAGGUACAAACCUAAUACGGUACAUGCUAGAACCAUUUACAUUAACAUUAUUUAUAAAAAUAGACAAAUGUAUUACACAAAGUUUACCUUUACCUACGGACUUGCCAAGUCAGGAUUUACAAAAACAAUUAUGUACUAUAGUUCCUACAGUAUUAACUGCUCAAAUUUGGACCAAUUCUAUUGAUAAAUAUUCUCCUGAGGGAAAAUGGCAUGAAUUAGAUAUGAAAGUAAAUAUUAUUUCUUUUGAUGAAGAAAAAAGUUCCCGGGAUUUAGAGGCAUUUACCACUGCCCAAUUUUGGAUUAUUCAAUUUCAAGGCACUAUAUUGCCAACUGCUACUGGUAGUUUUGGCUAUACGGUUCGCUGGAAGAACCAGGAUAAUGAUUGGAAUUGGGCGACUCGAUAUGGACAGCAUGGGUCAUUUAGUGUUGUGCCUCCUUUGCCUGAAAGUCCAUGGACGCAUGGCCCUCGAGCUGUUGAAAUAGAACCAGAUUUAUAUAUAGGAAACUACAUUGCGGCAAGUAGAGCAAAAAAAAGUGGAUUCCAAGCUGUUUUAACGGUAGCAAAAGAACUUGAACUACCUCCAGAAACUUUAGAAGGUAUCGAAUAUUUAAAAGUUCCUAUGAAAGAUGGUGCAAAUAAUAGAGUAGCAGACCGUGAUAUUAGUACCUGCGUGAAAUGGAUUCAAUUACAACUAGACAACAAACGGAAAACUCUUGUUCACUGUAGGGCAGGAAUGGGUCGUUCGGGAUCUAUAGGAAUUGCAUACAUCUAUUAUUAUCAUCCAAAUUUUUCUUAUAGACAAGCCUUACAAUAUGCUUGGUCAAAGAAACCCGACAUAUAUCCACAUGUUGGAUUACAACAGUCUUUGGAAAGGUUAUAUCCAAGGCUUUAA